AUUUAAUAUGCGAAAGCUGGAAGUGAAACAUGGACGGUCUUCGUGAAUACUUCUUUUUCAUCAAGGAAAAUGUCAGCUCAGAUUGGAGGGACCUGGCUUUUCAUCUUGGAUUUGAACAGGCAGACAUCGAUAACAUCGUGGGCCGGAACCGAGAUGACAAGUCUCGCUGUAUGGACCUGUUGGAGGAAUGGCUGAAGCGUAACGGAGAGAGAGCCACCAUAGAGGUCCUGAUGGAGGCCUUGGCGAAGGCAAACCUGCAGAGCACCAUAGACGGUCUUCAAGGCAAAUAUUCUGAAAAACUGGAACGAUGUUCUGUGAUGGAAGAUCAAUCAACGGAUGCAGGCCUUGCCCUUGCGGUCGAGAAAAGAUGUGCAUUGGUGGAUCUGGACAAGAAAACUUCUGUGUCAGAAGAAAGCAGCAAGAUGAAGAACGGCAAUGAUCGACAAAGUACCAAACAGGAUAUUGAUGAAGAAGAUGAAACGGGCGAUUUGGAUCCAUCGGAAGCCCCAACAAACAUCCCCGACCCCCUUCCUGUAGAUAUCUUCGUUGGUCGCGAGCAAGAACUCCAUGACCUCAGCGAGGGUCUACAGAAGAAUAGGUGUAUGGUUUUAAGCCAUGCCGUCGCCAUCAGAGCCCAUGGAGGGACAGGAAAGACCUCCCUGGCCCUGCAGUACGCCCAUAACCACAAGGGGGAGUACCCAGGAGGUUUGUUUUGGGUAGUCGCUACCACCAACAGACUGACAAGUGACUUCGCAAACUUAGCAAACGUCAUGAAUCACGAAGAAGCAACUAAACUGAAGAAAGCGGAAGAGAAGAUAAAGUUUGUACAGAGGGAGUUGCGGACACGUGAGGGUUGGCUCCUGAUCCUCGACAACGCCGAUGAAGUAUCUGCACACACUCAGCUGGAGAAACUCCUGCCUCCCAGACAUCAGCUGAAGGGAGGUCACAUCAUCAUCACAACGCGAUGUUCGUACGUGGAGGGUCUUAAAGUCGCCACAAAUAUCGAACUUCCGUCGUUAACUGAAACGGAAUCAAUAAGAUUUCUGCAGAGACGAACUGGACGGCAAGAUGAGGAAAACAGUGACAAGGUCGCCAUCAAAGAGAUCGUCAGUAGAUUCGGAGGGUUACCAUUGCUUCUGGAACAAGCUGCCAGCUACAUAAACAAGACACGCUGUACGUUUGAUGAGUACCUGAAGGCUAUUGAAAUCAGAGGCAACAUUCCCCUCGACGGACCCAGCCACGGUACGAACCGCGUUAAGAGAGUGGAAAACACUUUCACGCUGAACUUUGACGAGAUGCCGCAAGUGUCACGUGACAUCUUUCACAUCCUGGCGUUUUGCGAUCCUGACGAGAUCCCCUUUGAGAUCUUCAGCGUUGCGUGGAACUCAAGCUCCCUCGCAGAUGAGUUCAUAGAUGACCACGAAGUUCAGCUAAAAGCGGCCUUACAGAGAACAGAUGCAGACAGGGCGAAGCUUCUGGAACUGUUGGAACCAAUAAGACGUUACAGCCUGAUGUCUUUUCGUGAAAAGUCGUGUUCUUCAAAGGCUCCUGGGUUGUAUGGAGCAAUUCACCGCGAGGUUCAGCGCCAAGCAAGGGACUGCAUGGGGAAGGCCACGUACGAGAACGUCCUUCUCACAUUGGUGAAGAUGCUUGCCGCAAUAUUCCAAUACGGUGAGUCGGCCCACCCACAGCUACAGAAGGACCUGCUACCGCACGCAAAAAGCUGCCUGAGUUACACGACCGCGAACGGCCAACACUACGUCGUUGCACAGAUGUUGCUGGGACUGGGGCAAUGCGAGUCCCGCUUGAACCUCUUCGUCGAUGCCGAAAAACACUUCGACAAAUGCGACCGUCUGCUCAUCCGUCACGGACCAACAGAAGUUGGUGCUAAGUUAUACCUCGAAAAAGGCCGUCUUGCUAGGAGGAAAGAAGAUUUCGGUAGGGCCGUUGCUCUGCUGCAAAAUGCAUACCGGUCCGGGGUAAGACUUGACAGGGAAAGGGGCACCGUGGUCAUGAGCCUAACUACUGCAGAAAUUGUUGAAGAGCUAGCCAACACUUUCAUCGACAACAAAAGCUACGCCGAAGCGGUGAAGUGGUUUAAGCGAUGCGAAGAAGCCUUUCAAGGUGGCACGACAUCAGAUUACAACAAGGCCCAUUUCUACGGUACGUAUGGAAAAGCCCUAGCGGGAAUGCAAAACUUCGGCAAGGCUGCAGACAUGUACGAGAAAGCGAAGGCCUUAACCCAGGAAAGGGACUAUCGCUUCCCCAUCUACAACACAGGAUAUGCCGACAUGCUCACUAAGAAGAUGGAAGUGAAGGGAAGCUUCAACGUGCCAGAGCUUGAAAAGGCAAAAGAAAUGUGUGAGCUUUCAGAUCGCGUAAUCAGAGAUCAGAAUGGCGCACACCACCGGUACAUAGCCUGGAACGCUGGCAUUCUUGCCGGCAUCCUUCGUCAUUUGCCAGGACAAGAAGACUACGCCAUUACAAAACUCGAGGAAGCUGAGAAUAUCCAGCGGCGAGCGUAUGGGAACAAACACGAACAGCUGGGGAACACAUUGUUUCAGAAAGGACGCAUACUGCUACAGAUAGAUAGGGUGGAGGAAGGAACGACCUGCCUCAGACAAGCCCGUGAUAUGUACCGCAAGGGGCACCCACGCCUGGAAGAAAUCGGUGGUCUUCUUUCUCAGAAAUGAUGUGGUCAAUCUGUCUUAAAUGUGACCAAAACACACCACACAGGGUUUUGUGCGCCAAUGUGCCAAGAUCCACAGAUUUGCCACCUAGAACUGCUUUUGUUUUGCUACUUUUGUCUGAUUUGACCGAAACAUGUUACUCGGUGACUUAUAUUUCUGCCACCUUUAUCCUAGUAACGAUCUUGCUAGAGGGAAUCUCGCUAGAUCAACGUUACACACAAAGGCUAAAAUGGAAAAGUGCAAUUGGUGUACUAUAGCAGAUAUAUGUUUUUAAUGGUAAAAGUGUAGUGCGUUUUGUGUACAAAUGAUUUCGAAGGGCAUUUGCAUUUACUUGUAUGGUAUUGUUGAUUAUUAGUGAUAUUUGUAUUAUUAUUGAUAUCAAUUAUGGUCUGAAUCUGAAUCUGGUUGGUUGCUUAGUACACUGGCUAGAUUUUAUCAUAAAACUUUAGCGUAUGUAUUCGAAAGGCAAGUUUAUUUUCUUAAUUAGCUGGACCAAAACAGUGCAGUUAACACUGCAUCUUGUACAAUUAAGCUUAUGGGAUGGUGAAAUUUAACCUGAGGCCCUUUAAUGCCCCGCAUGUUCUUUAUUCUGCAAUGGUUUCAUGUACGCCUUUCUUUUAAGAAAAGAAACUUUGAUUCAUACAUUUGUAAGAGAAUUUUGUUUUUGUUUAGGGUCACAUACGGAGGGUGGCAAACUUUCAAUCUUCUGAUUACAUUGUAUACGCACAAAUAUUUGUCCUGAAGCCAAAUCCAGCGGACAAACUUGAAAUGACUAGUGAACACGUAGGACUAGGCGUUUUUUAAAUUCAUAAAUGUAUAAUCAAUGUCUCUAGAGCGCCACACAAGGUCUUUGACCCAUAUACACUGCAUAUUAGAGUCGUUUGUGGUCGUUUGUGGUGUUUCUGGAUCGUUUGUGGUCGUUUGUGGCGUUUAGGCAGACCGGCAUUUAAAACAUGUUGUGACAAAAAGUAAACAGAAUUGUGGACUGAAUGAAUAUAUGGAAUGAUACUGGAUAUCGCCGAUUAUCAGAUUCAAGAAUAUUGAAUACAACAUUGCAUUGUAAACUUCAAGAGAAUCCCUGACCUCCUCUUAAAGUCUUGAUAACGUUCCUGUCCACAGAGUGUUACUUCAAUAAAGAUUUUUAAAAUGCGUAGCAU